AUGCCACCAGCAACAGCAGCACCAGAGUACCCACCUCCAGAUGGAGGUUGGGGAUGGGUUGUGGUCUUCGGUGCUUUUAUCUCCAUUGGAUUUUCCUAUGCAUUCCCUAAAGCCAUUACAGUGUUCUUCAAAGAAAUACAAGAAAUCUUCCACACAUCAUAUAGUGAGAUAGCUUGGAUAUCAUCGAUAAUGUUGGCUGUCAUGUAUGCAGGAGGUCCCAUAAGCAGCAUUUUGGUGAAUAAGUAUGGUAGCCGGCCUGUGAUGAUAGCAGGUGGCAUCCUGUGUUCAUUUGGAAUGAUUGCUUCCUCUUUCUGCAAUAGCGUCCUGGAACUUUAUCUCUGUAUUGGUGUUGUUGGAGGUCUGGGUUUAGCAUUCAACUUACAGCCUGCCUUGACCAUGAUUGGCAAGUACUUCUAUAAGAAGCGUCCCAUUGCUAAUGGAUUGGCCAUGGCUGGAAGUCCAGUGUUUCUGAGCACUUUGGCACCUCUCAAUCAAUUCCUCUUUAAUGCAUUUGGCUGGAAAGGAAGCUUUCUCAUUCUGGGAGGACUUCUUUUGAACUGCUGUGUGGCGGGGUCACUUAUGAGACCUGUCGGACCGAAAACAGUCCGUCCUGUGAAAAAAGAUGUUGAAAAAGGCACAGGAGAAUCUACCUUGCAUAAAAACAACAAGAAGUCUUUUUGGCAAACUAUGAAUAAGUAUCUAGAUCUGUCCCUCUUCAAACACAGAGGGUUUCUGAUCUACUUGUCAGGAAAUGUCAUUAUGUUUAUUGGCUUCUUUGCUCCAAUAGUAUUCUUGGCUCCUUAUGCAAAGCACAAGGGAAUUGAUGAAUAUUCUGCUGCUUUUUUGCUAUCUAUCUUAGCCUUUGUAGAUAUGUUUGCUAGGCCUUCAAUGGGACUAGUAGCAAACUCCAAGUUUAUCCGGCCAAAGAUUCAGUACUUUUUUAGUUUUGCUGUCUUGUACAAUGGCAUCUGUCAUGUCUUGUGCCCUCUGGCAACAAAUUAUACGGGCUUGGUGAUAUAUGCUGUAUUUUUUGGGUUUGCAUUUGGAAUGGUUAGCAGCGUUCUUUUCGAGACGUUGAUGGACCUCGUUGGGGCUGCCAGAUUUUCCAGUGCAGUUGGACUUGUCACCAUAGUGGAAUGUUGCCCUGUGCUCAUAGGCCCUCCUUUAGGAGGUAAGAAUCUUUUUUAUUUCAGUUUUUCAGACAUUACAGCAUAA